UGUACCCGCUAUUCUCUGUCAACUCCGAUCAAAACCCACCGGCCAUCCACCCUCAAUGUCACCUCCUUUGCCGGUCACCAAGAAUCAGUAGACGCAGAUAUCUGACAACAAAAAAAACACGAACAAUAGAAUCCCCACCCUAUCAGACCGCUAUACAUCUCUUCUUCAAGAUAUCCCAUCUCAAUGAAAGUGAUUCAGGCCUCACUCCUCUCUCAUAGCGAUUUAGGGUUUUUUGGUACAAGUUAUCGACUAGGACACCGGCGACUUAGGGUUUUUUCAUAAAUGUUGUGUAUGUGCACUUCGAUUGAUCCAAUGACGAAUCCACAAUGUUUGGUUUGGAAAAUGUAAAACAGAGGUAACGUUUGUUUCUUUUUGAGUUCAUACAGAUGAGAGAAUCACGUCAUCUGUCGAUUCUAUCAUCUCACAGCGUUGGUAGCCCCUUCAGGCGGUUUCUCCGGUCACUGGCUCACUCCUUAACACUUAGUUUCACUGAAGCCAAGUUCCCUGUAGUGAAUAUGAUGGGCACAAGAAUUGGGUUCUCUGUGUUGCAAUGUCGUCAUCCAGAAAUUAAGUGGGCUCAGAGAGAGGAUAAAUUUUAUAUCACAGUUUUAUUGGCGGAUACAAAAGAUGAAAAAGUGAAUCUUGCUCCUGAAGGUGUUUUUACAUUAUCUGCUUCAGCUGGUCAGCAUGAGUAUGAUCUUAAGCUUGAGCUUUUUGACAAAGUUAAUGUAGAGGCAUGGAGGGUACCUAAAGUCUUGCGUCCUUUAUAUGAUCUCCAACUGUUCUCGCUCAAAAAAACAACAAUGAUGGCUUUACUCCAGCUAAGGCAGAUCGCUCUAGAAGCUUCAAAAACCUCAUUGAUUUCAACAUCUUCUGAUUCUUGUGAUUGCAGCUAA